CAACAACAUCCACUUCAACACUACAUACCUCCGGCCGCCGAAAAUGCCAGUCACGCGGAAACGGAAAGGCUCACCUGGGCUUGAGGAGACUGCUGCGGAGUCGUCCAAGCGUCGAUUCGCAGAAACCGAAGUAGAAGCAGAGGCAGAAGCGGAGGCAGAGGCAGAAGCGGAGGAAGAGGCAGAAGCGGAGGCAGAAGUAGAGGCAGAAUCUUCCUCUUCCGUCAAUGCGAAAGAGCCUACCGCCACAUCUGCGGCAGAUGAGAGAGCAGCGCGUUUCGCAGCUUUGCGCGCCAGGAAUGCGGCCAGUCGCAAGUCGAACUUACAGGAUACCAAGCACGAGAUGCAGCGCGCAGCCGUUGACCCCUCGCAGCUCACCUCUCUCAAUCGCAGAAAGGAUAUUGCACAGCACAAACUACUCAAAUCUGAGAUCGAGGAAGGUGGUCAGGACUUUGAGCGCAAACGGGCCUGGGACUGGACCAUCGAGGAGUCGGAACGAUGGGACGAGCGCUUAGCUGAAAAGGCGCGGAAGCGAGAUGAGAAUCAGUUCGCCGACUAUAACAAAGAAGCUGGAAAGGUGUAUGAGAGACAGUUGGGUCAAAUGGCCAAAGCCGGCUUCGACGAACGUCUGGCCUCGUAUGAACAGAACAAGCGGGAUGCCAUCAACAGAGCUGUUGCGAGUGGUGGUCUGGAGCUUGUGGAGACACAAGAUGGCGAGCUCAUCGCAGUCGACAAGGACGGCACCUUUUAUUCCACAAACGACAGCGCCGCAUUCACCGCAGGAAAGCCUUCAAAAGAGGCUGUCGAUCGGCUGGUCACGGACAUCAAGAAGGCCGAGGAAGUACGACAGAAGAAGCGCAGGGAUCGUGGACGUCCUGACGAGGACGGUCAAGACAUCACCUUCAUCAAUGAGAAGAACAAGCAGUUCAACAUGAAGCUCGCGAGAUUCUACAACAAAUACACGGCCGAUAUCCGGGAAAGUUUUGAGAGAGGCACAGCGAUAUGAUGGGUGUCAGAAGGAAGCAGCGCCUACAUUCCUGUACGGAGAUAACGAUAACGAAUUUUCUCGCAUGGAAUUGGAGCUCAGGUAAAGCUCCAUUGAUGCGCUCGACACUGCCACUGCUCCUCAGCCAGAGAGUCAGCCUACGUCCAUUGUGUCUCACUAGGAUCCCGUACGGCAAGUCUAAAUAGGCCAAAUGAGGUCGGCCCAGACUAGCGUAUGGCGUGCGCGGACGUAUAAGACCCCAGCCAGCCCUAUGAGCCCAAUGAACAACACUGGGCACCAAGGAAGGGAUACCUCUUUUGGUCAAGAACGCCCAUGCAACGGCAGCCCACUAGUACUUCUCGUGGGCCGCUCGGCAGCCGCGCCGCUGAGGAUACAUGAAUGACUGAUAUUCGUCCCAGUACUAAUAUUCGUAUGGAAGGAAGAGGGCAACGGGACAAGCUGAGUCCUCCGUUGUACGACCAAGAGAGUCAAUCAGUAGAACUAUCAUAAUGUUCCCUACUCAGCUCAUGGUGAGCUUCCUUUUAUCUGCUCUGCCGGUCGUAGGGUGGUUUGUAAUCUCCUUCCCCUUCCAGCACCCGU